GUCAGCCCAGCCCUUAAGGACUGUAGGCACUAUAGCCGUGAAUGCUUGAUCAGCACAUCAAGGGUGGCAUAAUUCCUGGAACCUCUGCAUAGAUAAGCACUUAGCGUAAGACUAGUUUAAGCACAAUUGACAUUCGUGUCGCGCAUCCAACUUUGUACGCACGUCUCACAUAGUUAAUAAAAGUAAAUUAGUGAAGUACAAUCUAAUUUUUGUCUUUUUAAAAAACUAAUCCCCUGCUCCCUAAACUUGACUGGCGCAGCCGGUAGGAUUCGCUGUUCUACCCGUGCUACUCGCGCUAUUUCGCGUAAAAAUUGGACUAAAAUCGUCUGGUGCUGUGAAAAAAAGGUGCGGGAGCGACGGACUAAGCGAAUCUUACGAACAAAUAAAUUUGUCAACUACGGGACUAUACUGUGAAGUGGAUAUAUUCAGAGAUGGGUGUCGUUCGGGCAUGGUGCUGGCUGGCCCUGACAUGGACGAUGUUGAUACAUGGCGUGCAGAAUCUACAACUUCAGGACAUAGAUAAAAACCCGGGUAUUUUACCCGUUAAACUGGGUCAGGCACAUCGACAGGAGAGCACAUGGACUAUCGUAAAGGUGUUAGACCUAAGUGGCAUCGAAGAUGACUUCAUUUUACAUUCUAAAAAGUUUAAGGAAUUCGAUAAACUGAUUGAUAAUAAUAAACCUUAUGAAAAUGAGUUUUAUAACGCUAAAUUACAGGCUCAAAACUUGCACAACAUAACUAUACAAAAGUUUAAACAAAUAAUGCCAUUUAGCAGAGUUAGGAGAGGCCUUCUGAAUCCUCUCGGUUCUAUGAUCAAAGUAAUUACCGGAAACCUGGAUCACGAUGAUGCUUUACGAUAUGACAAAUUGAUCUCCCAAAUGAAGGGAAAUGAAAUUAAAAGGGAACACCAAAUGUCUAUUAUUCUAAAAAUGGUGAAUACUAUAAUUAACAAUACUGAAACCCUACAAAAUAAUUCUUUCAUAAUAGAUGAACGCCUCAAACGAGUAGAGAGGUUAGUUAAACACAUAGCUACUAAGGAAAAUAAUUCAAUCUAUGCGGUAUAUGUAUUAAACAUGUAUCAUUUAUUCAUGAACACUUUUUAUUCAAUUUAUCUCACGAUAAGUGAAAUUGAAACAUCACUGGCACUAAGUAAGGUAUCAGUACUUCAUCAGUCUAUAUUAAACUCCGACGAACUCUUGAAUGUUUUAGAAUCUAUAAGUACGGUCAAUAAAUUGGUGUACCCUAUUAGUGUAGAUAAUUUAGUUAAUAUAGAAACUACUUUUAAUGUUAAGGCGUAUAUUAAGAAAAAUCAGAUUACGUUUGUAAUGGAUGUUCCCCUAACUGAUGGUUAUAUGUACAAUUAUUUCAAAUUAUAUUCCAUACCUAUAUUCAAUUCAAUCCGAAAUCUCACAUCAGUAAUAAUACCCAAAUAUCCUUACCUUUUGGCGAAUGGUUUGAAAUACCUACCCUUAGACAAGCACUGCGAGGAAAUAGCUGCUGAACAGUUCCUGUGUGGGGAAGAUGACAUAGUUACUUACCCUGAGCCCACUUGUAUCGAGCAUUUGAUGAAAUUUGAAGAUAACCUGACGCUCUGCAAGCUGCAUGCCGUAGAUAUAGAAGAUGUUAAAAUUCAGCGUAUCGGACCUAAGAAUUGGAUAAUAUUUAGCCGAACCAACCACAUCAUGACAGAGAAAUGCCAGGCCGACGUCAAUCGAAUACAGCUACGAGGAACUUACCUUCUAACUACGGAUGAAAGAUGCGAUCUCUACUUCGAAGACCUGAAGUUAGACCGGCGGCAAUCUUCAAUGGCUGACAACCGUCUUAGAAUUACUCCAAUAACUAGUUUACCAGACUUGCAGAAAAUAAACGUUAGUACCGAAGUAAGUGUUAACAUCAAGGGCGUUAAUUUGGACAAUCUCAAGCAACUCUCUAGUGAUCUAAAAAGUGUUAGUGCAACCAGUGAAACAAAUAGUGAAAGCGUAAUCGUAGACACGAAUAGUGUUAGUCUAGCAACUAUUGUACUUUAUAUAAUUAUAGCGUUAAGUUGUGUAAGUUACAUCCUAUGGAAACUUAAGGUUUUUCGAAAUCAUCGUGACUCUAAAUCGUCAGGUGAUUUCGAACUUGAGGAGGGAGGAGUUAUGUCAGCCCAGCCCUUAAGGACUGUAGGCACUAUAGCCGUGAAUGCUUGAUCAGCACAUCAAGGGUGGCAUAAUUCCUGGAACCUCUGCAUAGAUAAGCACUUAGCGUAAGACUAGUUUAAGCACAAUUGACAUUCGUGUCGCGCAUCCAACUUUGUACGCACGUCUCACAUAGUUAAUAAAAGUAAAUUAGUGAAGUACAAUCUAA